AUGUUCACAAAUCUAUGCGAAAUGUUCGAUAGUGAUGUCAUUGAUGAGCAGGCAGCAAGCAUUGAUAUAUCCGUUCAAGAGUUAUUCCUUUGUUUUCGACAUCGUGCCUUACUUCUAUUCAAACUGCUGCUAUUGGAACGAAAGGUAUGUGCAAAGUCUUAA